AUGGACGGUGGAGGAAUACGUGUUACUAAUCUUGGUAGUGAUCUACAACAAAUCACUAUGUGUCCUACAUCAGUAGUACAAUCUCACCUUCCUACAGACGAUGGUAUCGCAGUUUAUUUUACACCUAAGAAUCCAAAACAUAAAAAGAUUGUGGAGUCCACUCCGGUAAACAUCCAUUUCUAUUUUGAUUAUCCUUUGUGUUCUAACCUAAAUGCGUGGAAGGUUGACAAUCUUGUAUCAGAAUUUCUGCCAAUUCUACACACCAUAAGCACAGGUGCAAAAGAUGAGAGCAGUUGGUUCCAAAUUAAGCAUACAACAAAUAAAAAGUAUAAGCUAGUGUUUUGUCUCUUUGACACUUAUUGCCAAGACAUUGGCAUCGUCUCACAAAGUGGUUAUCAUCGUUUGGUUCUCUCGGACAACCCAAAGCCCUUUUUGCUCAAACUGGAUGAUAGAAUUGGAAUGGCAGCAGAAGUAUGA